UGAAUUCGGUCGUAUUUCAGAAUAAUGGUUAACUUGUCGCUUCGUUUUUGAAGUGAAGUGAAGUGUUUAUUGUUGUUGUUUUGUGUGCACAAUUUUGUUGUAUAUCUCAUGUAAUAGAAAAUAUUCAUCUUAUUGCUGCCACUGCUGUUGUUGUUUUAAUAAUUUUUCUUCAUUUUUCAUCUCUGUCCCUUUUUGGAUUGAAAUAAUUAUUAAAAGAAAUAAAUACAAAAACCCAGCGUCAUCGUCAUCAGGCACAAGCAAAAGGCAUCAACGACACCACACAAAAUAAAAGAAGAACAACUUAACUAAACUUACUACCUUAUCGGAUCGGAAUAUAGGGAAUACAUAUUUUAUUUUUCAAUUGUUUAUCCGCGAACGAGUUCUUUGUUAAAUUAUAAUAAAUAAAAUAUCUGUCUGAUUAAAUAGAAGAUAGUUUUAUUCCUGCAUUGUAUCUAUCCUGAAAAAUAAAAAUGCUUUUCACCAGAAGAAUAUUUCUGUGCUGAAAAAUAAAGGGAUAUGACACACAGGAAAAAAGGGAGUAGUUAGUGAUCCAUAAAAAGGAAUACAAAAAUAAUAAUAUACAAGAAAAUCCCUCAAAGUGAAGAUAAAAAAGAAAAAUAAGUCGAAACUUUUAAAUCAUUCCAUAUGAUGAGAAUGAUAGUGUACUGUGUUGUGUAAUCGUUAUCAAUUAAAGGAUUGAAGAACCAAGCUUUGAUCCUAAUUAAAUUCAAUAUUUUACAAAACACAAAAACGGAUAUCUACACAAGAGCAGACGAAGAAGAAAAUCUGCAUUGAUUGAAUCCAGAAGUCCCAUUUUCCAGCCCAAAAAUGGUUCUAAAUUUUCUCGAGGGUCGAUUGGGUUCCACACCCGACAAAGGUGUGACGGACAUGACGACCAUAUCGGAUAUCGAUGAAAAUGGCAUUAAUCAAAAUCUCAAAGUUCGAUACCAAAGAGAUCAAAUAUACACAUACACAGGAUCGAUAUUAGUAGCUGUUAAUCCAUAUAAGGACUUGGAUGUCUUCACAACGGAAUACGUAUUCAAGUAUCACGGCCAAAAGUUGGGAAUACUGCAGCCUCAUGUGUUUGCCCUUGCUGAAGCUGCUUAUAAGAACAUUAAGGACACGAAUAAAAAUCAGUCUUGUGUCAUAUCCGGUGAAUCAGGUGCCGGCAAAACGGAAACGACCAAAUUUAUUCUACAAUAUCUGUGUACAGUGACGUGCGACGUCUCCACAUGGGUGCAGCAACAAAUCCUCGAAGCCAAUACAAUACUCGAAGCGUUUGGUAACGCAAAAACCAUCCGCAAUGACAACAGUUCCAGAUUUGGUAAAUUCAUGCAAGUGUGCUUUGAUUCGAAAUGGUGCAUCCGAGGGUGCAUUAUACAGGAUUACCUACUCGAACAGUCCCGCAUAACAUUUCAAAGUCCCGGUGAACGAAACUACCAUGUGCUGUAUCAGCUCGUGGCAGAGGGCCAAAAUAAUAAAGAAAUGGCCAAUUCAUUUCACCUCAAAGAACCUUCGUUCUAUCGUUAUUUAAAUGGUUCGGGCAAUGUGCAUAUGGACAUACCGCAGGAGGCGAAAAAAUUUGAAGCCCUCCGGAUGGCGUUUACUGUUUUGCAAAUUCCACAACCGACCAUUGAUGGAAUUAUUAGGGUGUUAAGUGCAAUUUUAUGGUUGGGCAAUUUGGAUUUUCAAGAUAUCGAUGGUGAGCGAUGUGAAUUGGCGGUAAGUGAUAAGGAAAUUGUUGCAACUGUCGCCGAUUUGUUGGGAUUGAAGGCCGAUGAUGUGCAGCAAGUUUGUUUGAAGCGGCAAAUCAAUGUGAGGGGCAAUAUCACAGAGAUUCCAUUGAAAUUUCAAGAGGCCCGAGAAAACCGCCAUGCUAUGGCCAAGGCACUUUACUCGCGAACUUUCGCAUGGCUCAUCAGUCAAAUAAACAUUUGCAUCAAUCCCGGCCAAAAUUCCAGUCGAUUUCUGGGAGUCCUUGAUAUUUUUGGAUUUGAAAACUUUGCAGUGAAUUCCUUCGAACAACUAUGCAUCAACUAUACCAACGAAAAGCUCCACAAGUUCUUCAACCACUAUGUGUUCGCUCUUGAGCAGGAAAUUUACAAACAAGAAGAAAUCAAAUUUUCACACAUCGAAUUCACUGAUAACACUUUGUGUCUCGAACUAAUCGAAAAACCACCUCGAUGCAUACUCAAACUCCUAACCGAACAAUGUCACAUGCCCAAGGGCUCCGAUUUGGCUUAUCUGACAAAUUUACACAGUGAAUUCGAGUCGAAUGCGAAUUAUGUUAAGGGCACAGAUCGACGGCAUUGGGAAACCGAAUUCGGGAUAAAACACUAUGCCGGCUGUGUGCUGUACACCGUCAAGGGAUUUGUCGAUAAGAAUCGGGACGUGCAACAGGAUGUUUUGUUCGAUUUUAUGAGCCGCAGUGAAAAUGUUUUCGUGCAGGAAUUGUCUUCCUAUCAGGACCUUCUAUCAAUUCAAUCACAAAAUCAAAUAUCCUCAGCAACCGUACAGAGAGGAACCUCCAAGGGUAAAUUAACUGUAAGCGAUACAUUUAGAGUGCAAUUACAAUCGCUGGUAGAUGUCCUACAAAAUACCAAUCCAUGGUAUGUGCGAUGUAUUAAGCCGAACUCAGAAAAAGUACCAAAUGAUUAUAACGAUCGACUAGUCUUAGAUCAACUUAGAUACUUAGGUAUGUUAGAUAUAAUUCGGAUAAGACGUGAAGGUUUCCCCAUUCAUUUGACAUUCGAGGAAUUCGUGACGAAAUAUCGUUGCUUGACAAAGCAAAAACAUCGUUUGCCAACAGCACGUGAUCAAGUAUUGGCUGUGAUAAAGGAUUUGAAUGUGCCAUCGGUGGAGUGGCAAGUUGGUAAGACCAAAGUAUUCCUACGAAGUCGUGCCCAUGAACCGCUCGAGGAUGUGCGAAUGCAAAUAAUAAAUAAAAAUGCGCUGGUUAUACAGCGAUCAUGGAAGAGGUAUGUGGCAUUGAAGAAAUAUCAAAAGAUGAGAAAUGCCGCAUUGAGAAUACAACAUGCCUAUCGGGGAUGUAAGUUGCGAAUCGAAUUCUUGAGGAAGAGAAGAGCAGCGAUUGUAAUCCAGGCACAUUUGCGAGGAGUUUUUGCAAGAGAGGUUGCAACUGCUUUACGUGAAAUGCGACGUGUAGACGAAGAAAUGCGCAAACGUGAGCGAAUGGAAGCCGAACGCAAAAAACGUGAAGAUCAAGCCCGGGCGGAUAAAACAUCUGAAGAAGAUCGCAAAGCAAUCGAAGAAUGUGAAAGCAUGCACAGUAUUGGAAGCGCUGACGAUGAGGAUGGUGGAGGAAUGGUUCAAGAAGAAAUGAUUGCCCUAUCUGCAAUGGCUGAGCAAAUUAACUCGAAGUUGAAUCAACCACUACCGCCUCCAUUGCCGCCAUUCGAUGCAAAUACCAAUGAGCCAUUAACAAAUGGCCAUGCUACACCCUCAGUUGGAGAAACUCAUCAACAGAGCAAUGAUUCUGUGGAUUUGGAUAAUUUGUUUGCUUUCUUGAAUACCUCGGCGAAUCCAUUGCUGGAAGAAAUCAGCGAUAAAAUGGAUGGGGUUAUUCAUGAUUUAGACGUUGAGUUGGAAACUGUACUGCAACAGGAAAUGGAAGGAUUAGCUUUGGAACGUCCACCUAAAACUCCACCAAACAAAGGAGUCCCAACUCUGCCAGAGCCAACAAUGCCUCCGCCACCACCACCAACAGCGAUAAAUGGAACAGCUCAUCCUCAUACACACUCGCAUCCUCCACAUCCCGUUCCACCAGCUCAAACUCCAACCAAAACAGUGAAACCACAAGAGCCUGAACCAAUUUACGAAGCUGUCAUUCCCAAAGAACUACCUCCAUUGCCUGAGGUUAACGAAGCUCCACCACCUCUGCCAAUAGCUGUCCAUCAAGAGCACAUCAACAUGAAUGGGAACCUCUCGGCUAGCACACAACCUCAACCACCUCCACAUAAACUACGACCAAAGAGUCCAGCAAUAACAAAUGUGGCACGAUCAGCCAGUCCGGCAUUACAGCGAACGCCCAGUGGACCCAUUAGUCCCUCUUCACCGAAACACAGUCGACCCAGUUCAAGAACUUCAUCGACCGGUGGCGGACAUCAAUUUGCUGAACGCGAACAAAGACGCAAACAUCGUGUCGAAAAGAAACUCCAAGAAAUGCAGCAAAUCGAUGUCUCAGAGAAGGCUAAGGAUCCACUUCGCGAUGACCUGUACUAUGAUAUUCUUGAAUUUGCCGAAAAUUAUUUUAAUGUCCAUGAGAGAACACCCGAAGGCACGAUUAUGGCUACACUUACCAGAAAAGGUAAAAAGACUUCGGAUCUGGUUCCAAAGUAUGAAAUGGUCACUUAUCAUAGAGGUGAUAAGAUUCCAUCAUCCCACAUUCAUAUGUAUGAUCCUGAGAAUAUCGUUGUGGCGUGUAACAUAUUUAGAGAACUUGGAAAGUACAUACGUGGAGAGUUAAAUGCCGAAAGGGAAUUGCAAGUUAUUCAAUAUAUCAUUGGCCAAGGUAUUGAGAGGGAAGAACUUCGUGAUGAGAUCUUUGUGCAAUGCAUGCGGCAAUCGACAAAUAAUCCACACUCGGAGUGGACUGAUCGAGUUUGGUUGCUUCUUUGUCUGACUAUAGUUGCGUUCCAGCCUAGUAAGCUUCUCUUUAGGUAUUUUGUGAGUUUUCUUAAAAAGAAUCUAGAAACUCUCGAUGGCAAGCUGCGACAGUAUACCCAAUGGUGCUUUGAUAAUUGUAAAUGUACUAAGGUUUCACCGCGCUUACAUCCACCAUCCAGUGUUGAAGUAGCUGCCAUGCGACGUCUUGGAACAAUUGUAUGUAGGUUCUUCUUUUUGGAUGGUCGGACCAAAGCAAUCGAUGUUCAUCCAACUGACAGUGCUAGUGACGCUGUCGCCAAGCUAGCUGACAAGCUGAAUCUGUGCAACACCGAUGGCUGGGCUAUCUAUCAAUCACGUCCCGAUGGAGAGGAGCACGUCAAAUCCCAUGACUACUUGUAUGAUAUCAUAGCUGCAUGGGAAAUAAAGCAAACCAAAGCUUCGUCUGGAAGUUCAACAAUGCGCCGAAAUGCAGCCACUUCUGGUUCUGGAGAAAAUCGUUUUGUCUUCAAGAAGCGCCUCUUUAAAACUACACGAGAACUCUCACAGGAUCCAGUGGAGGUUAACAUGCUCUAUGCUCAAGCUGUAUAUAGUGUUGUGAAAUGUGAUGACUUCCCAGUUAGUGAAAAAGUUGCUCUACAACUUGCCGGCCUACAAGCUCAGGUAGCCCUUGGAGAUCCAUCAAAUCAACCAAAACCUGAAUACUAUACCGACGUAAAUAACUAUCUGCCAGAACGAAUCUCCAAAACUCGAGAGGAACAAUUUUGGGUUCCGAUUUUGGCACAAGCCCACCGACAAUACGGUGCCGCACGCACUGAACUCACUGCCAAAGUUUUAUAUUUAAGCUGUGUUAUGCAGUAUCCACUUUAUGGCACCACAAUGUUCCAGGUGACAUAUCGUGGCUACUGGAGCUAUGGCAAUAGUCUGAUUUUGGGUGUUAACUGCGAAGGUAUCAUGCUCAUUCAAUCCGAGGACAAAUUUGUUCUUUACGAUUUUCGAUACUUUGACAUUGAAUCGAUCAUGCUGGAUCCUAGUGAUAGUUUCAUUACGAUCAAUUUGAAUCGAACCAUUCAACACCAAACAUCAACUACGCCAACUAGUCCCACGGCAGAGCAACAGAGGUGCUUUGUUUUUGAAACUUCACAAAAGAACGAAAUUGGAUCAUUGAUUGUGUCGUAUUAUCCACCAUUGUCCAACUGGAUUACAGAAAAUGAAGUUCCAGCUAAGAAGUCCAAGGGUAUAACAAAUGAAGAUCGAGUGAGGUUAUAUCAGAAUGUGGUAAUUUGUCGGCGUCAGUUAAUCGACGCUGAGGUAAUGAGAAAGCCACAAGAUACAAGUGGAGGUUUCUUGAGAAACACUCUGAGACGGUUGUCGAAGCACCGUCUAGAGAAACUACGAGCUGAGCACGGAAAUGCUGUCCAAGAUCAUGGAGAAACUUAUAAAGGUUUCCCACAUGCUUUUUGGGCAUUUAGUCGUCAACCGUUGCCACAAAGCUUAAGUAAGUUAGCGGACGCCGAAGAGAAUGCAAUGUUACAGAUCUUCCAAGCUAUUCUCACAUAUGCUGGAUUAGGAACAAGUGGUGACUCAGUUCAAAGGGCUGAAGAUGAACAUAUAACUCUCAUUCAGUCGAUAAUGGAUCGCUGCAUGAGGAAGGAAUCAUUACUAAAUGAAUUGUACCUUCAGUUAGUCAAACAAACAACUGACCAUCCAGAUCCUAAUUCAAGAGUUAAUCUUCGGCAUUGGGCUCUGUUGUCGUUGGCUUGUAGUGUAAUUUUGCCACCCAUGAAGGUGCUUCGAAAAUAUCUAAUUGGACAUUUGAAACGAUGUGCAAGUGAUUCAAUUACAGAAGAAGGCAAAUAUGCUCGAUUUGCUGAGAGGUGUUUUUUCAAAACUCAAGGAACUCGCCGGCGUCAAUGGCCACCAAGUCGCGAAGAAAUUGUCUGUACAAUCAAUCGUCGUCCAAUCUAUGCCCGUUUCCAUUUUAUGGAUGGUCAAUAUCAUUCAGUUGAAUUCCAUCCAAGUUCAACAGCAAAUGAAGUUAUGGAAUUGGUUAAGAAGAAAAUUGGUCUUCAAGAAAAUGCUAUGGGCUAUGCCAUAUAUGAAGUUCUAGGAAGUUCAGAACGAAGUCUAUUGCCAGAGGAAAAAGUUUCCGAUGUUAUGUCAAAAUGGGAAAAAUAUAGAAAUGCUGCUGCUCAAGCUGCUCAACAGCAGUCAAGUCCAUCAGCACCUCCAUGCCGUCGACAACACCACAUAUUCUUAUUCAAAAAACAUCUUUUCUUCGAUCAUUAUAUGAAUCUGGAUGAUCCUGUUGAGAAGGAACUCCUCUACCAUCAAGUGUUGCAUGGUUUGAGGAGCGAAAGAUUCCCUAUAACAGAAAUGGAAGCAAUUAUGCUGACAGCUCUACAAGGUCAACUUGAAUUGGGAGAUUGUACAGAAAUCCUUCAUGAUUAUCGUAUCAUAGCUAGUCACUGUCUACCGCCCAGAUUCGUUCCGAAUAUACCUCACGAAGCGGUGGCUAUGCAUCAUCAAAGCUUACGUGGAAUGCUUCCAGCCGAAGCUAAGAAAUCCUUCCUUAAUCUUAUUCAGAGUUGGCCACUCCAUAAAGCCACCAUAUUUGAUGUUAUGCAAUCGUUUACAUCAAAUUGGCCUCGAGUUCUAUGGCUGGCUGUGGAUCAAAAUGGUAUUCAUUUGCUGGAGCAUCGUUCCAGGAACACACUCUGCACAUACGAAUACGCAUCAAUUCUAUCUUAUUCACCCAAUCUUAACUGUCUCAUGAUAAUCACCGGUACUGAUAAAAAACAAUCAAAGGUUAUCCUUACAACUUCACAGGCCUUCCAAAUUGCAAAUCUCAUCCGAGAAUACUCUCAAGUCAUUCAAUCAAAAGCUGAAACAGCAAACAAAGGUGAUUUACCACCGCCUCCAGUACCAGAGCAUGCUGCUCCUCUAAAAGCCGUAAACACAAAUACAACAACCUCAACGGCGCCAUUUAUUACGGCAGAACACCGAAAGAGUACCUCACGACCUCCAUCGAUGAUCAAAACUCCAAAUGCUGCCCUAGUAGCCCCACAACCUAGCUAAUAUAAUCUUUUCAGUAAGUGGGGAUGACAUAAGAAAUUUUGAGUGAAAAUCUUAAGCAGCACACCGUAGAGAAUCAAAACACACACAAAUUUCAACCACUUACAGAACAACAACAACAACAAUUCUAUCAUAAGUAUAACCGCUUUUUGCGCGAGCAGUAGUAGCAUUUUCGCUUUUAUAUAAAAAUUUAACACAGACAUCUGUACAGACAAACAAAAGUGUAUAUGUAUCGUAUUGUAAUUUAAUAUUUUUAUUAUUUCUUGUAUCAAAAAUCUAGAACGCGUUGACUUGACUGAUUGUGCAAAUAAGGGAAUAAAACAAAAAAUAUAGAAAAUAAAAACAAAUCGAGAAACCAGAAAAAGGGACAUUAAUAUAACUAAAUUUACAAAAAGAAAAAAAAUUAAAUUAAAUAAUUUUUUGUGUUUAAUCGUUUUAAAUAAAUAUUAAAAUACCCACAUAAGUGAGAUUCUCAAUUACAUUAGAAUAUAAUUUAUUUAUCAUAAAUAAUUUUAUUAAUAUUUUAUUUUUACUUAAUUUUUGUGUAUAAAAGUAUAAGUUUUAUAUUUUUGUUUGUGUUGUAUAUAUAAUUUUUAUUUAAUAAAUAAAAAGUUUUAUUUUUCUUAGAUGAAGUA